CUUUGAAGUCAUUCUAGCUGUGAUCGCCAGCACAUAAAAAGAGUCUGCACAAGCUGCUUUGAUUUUCAUUUCACCUGCAGCGCUCGGUAGUCAUGGCUCUCUCGCGUCAUUUGUGUGUUCUCUUGCUACUGGCAGCCGUGACUGCUGAAGCUGCCAAGAUCCAGACUUACAAAGAGAAGGGCUGUUCUGGAGACCUUACGAACACCUUCACGGUCGUGUGUAACUCUUGCCAGACAUUCUCCGACCAAUCCUCCGUGAAAAUCAGCGACGUCCAAGCCAAGAAUCGCAUUUCCAUUCACGAUCGGAAGAACUGUGAAAACUACUCCAAAGUUGCUGAAAUAUACGGAGGAGCUUGUGUGAACCAGGUCAAAACCAAGAUUCGCGCUGUCUACAUUGCGUGCUGAUCCCCCAACGAUGCCUUUGUCCAUCAGGCACGGCUUCUGGAUCAUGUCGUGGUGUCUUGAUCCGGGUUCGCUAUGGCCCAAAGUAUAGGCCAGUAUUCAGAUUAGCAAUGCAUGCAUUAAACUGGGAAUAAAUUUUGGGCGAAUAUGUGUUUAGAUUAUGAAGUGUGCCGCUUGUGGACGGAUUAUAGUGGGAAACGACUUCUGGAAGUAAAAAUCUUGAAUGAGCCUUGUCGAGUUUGAUAUUACUCCGUCGAGUCUCCACCUACUUUAUUAUUCUUACACUCGCUCGCUACCCCAGAAUGUCUGUGGAUAUUACGAGAUAAGUAUAAAAAAUUACUUUUCAUCGGAUUGCGCUUGGAACCCCUCUCAGAGCAAUGCUGGAUUCAUAAAACCGGUGAGAAAUGCGAAGCUGCAUACCAAAGUGCAGAGUAUGUGACGGGGGUUCUAGAUCGCUCAACUUAUAUUUUGAUUUUAUCUUGUGUAUAACUUGCCCUUGUGAUUCUUGCCAGCUUCACUGCAGUCAUCGCCUUGUAAACCCCCAGUGCUUCUCUCUGGGCGAACAGCUAGAACUUGCCCUGGGUUCAUUAUAUAUACGUACCUUAAGUGUACACAUCUGAACAUUGCGUGAUAGCACAUUCCAU